UCAGAUGAGCUGACAGAAGUUACUUUGUCUUAUCUUUGUGGUAGAGGGGAGAGGUCGUCUCAGGGUUGAGGGUUUCUCUUUUGUCCUUUUACUUCUCUUUUUUUUUAAUCUAUACUUUAUUUUCACAUGUAGGCAUUGUAAGACUGUAAGACACGCAUACACAUAGAGAACAUUUAACACCUUUUUAUGAAAACAAGUCAGAUUAAGAUAUGAAAAGUGGCGGCACUUUCAAUUAGUGUGUCACAUAGAAUUCGUAUCCAGAUUUUAAGAGACGCUCUCUUGUGGAGACUUUGAACGCAACAGUAAAUAUGUGACGUGUGGGUGGAGCUGUAGGUUCAGACCUGCUGUACCAGCUCUGACUGUGAUCAGGGAGUUGUUACAAAGGAUGCCACCAGUGGAAAACCAUCGCAUGGAAGAAAUGCGCUGAAAUGGACCUAAACAUAUUUGAUUUUUUUCUUUAUUAUUGCAUCUAACAUUGCUUUUACUUCCUCUAGAUUCUAAUCCGCAAUUGAUUUUUGAGUGAGCUGAAUACUUGUUUUUGAAGAUAUCACUUUCCUUAUCAUGCAUGCAUAUGCCUGAAGAUAAAUGGACUUUUCUUUUUUUCUUUUUUUUUUUUUUUUUUACAUCCUUCGCUCGGGCUGUGGCAAAUUUUGCCUGCGAGGACAAGCGUUUAAUUGUCUUGCUGGAAACAGACACUGAAAUGAGACUGAAGACAGUGCCCUGCUUUCUUUAGUAAACUUACCUUAAAGUUCUCUUUAUGGCGUUUCAAAAUGUCAGACUCUAACUUGAGGAACGAAAGCAACUAUGGGAUCUAUUUUACUGACGCUUUCAAUGGAUCUGUUUUGGAGCGAACGUUUCCAAACGACAGCAUCUCGACAUGUAGGAACUUCACACUGGACUCGCAGGUUGUCGGGGUUGGGAUCUUUCUCUCCGUUUUUAUUUUGGUUGCAAUUGUUGGGAACAUUCUGGUCAUCCUCUCGGUGGUGUGCAAUAAACAUUUGCAGACUGUCACAAACUUCUUCAUUGUUAACUUAGCCAUGGCAGACCUGCUGCUGAGCAUUAUUGUGCUGCCUUUCUCUGCAUCUUUAGAGGUUCUGGGAUGCUGGGUGUUUGGCCGAGUUUUCUGCAACAUCUGGGCAGCGGUGGAUGUGCUCUGCUGCACCGCAUCCAUCCUCAGCCUCUGCAUCAUCUCCAUAGACCGGUACAUAGGGGUAAAAUACUGCCUCAAAUACCCGAGCAUAAUGACAGAGAGGAAGGCGGUAGCUAUUUUAGUUGUAGUGUGGGUCUCAUCCACGGUCAUCUCUGUCGGACCGCUCCUGGGAUGGAAGGAACCGCCGCCUGUUGACGACAGCAUCUGCAAGAUCACGGAGGAGCCGGGCUACGCGCUCUUCUCCUCUCUCUUCUCAUUCUACCUCCCGCUCAUGGUCAUCCUCUUCAUGUAUUUUAGGGUGUAUGUGGUGGCCCGCAGGACUACUAAGAGCCUGGAAGCGGGCGUCAAGCGAGAGAGAAACAAGUCGAUAGAAGUGGUCCUGCGGAUACACUGUCGCAGCGUGCUGGAGGAAGCGCGUCCGGCCAGCAGUUCAAAGAGCAACAAAAACCACCCGUUCAGAAGUUCGCUCUCGGUGCGGCUGAUGAAGUUCUCCAGGGAGAAAAAGGCGGCUAAAACCCUCGCGAUCGUUGUGGGGAUGUUUAUCCUCUGCUGGCUGCCCUUUUUCUUCUUUCUGCCAAUGGGUUCCUUCUUCCCGGCACUGAAGCCAUCUGACACUGUGUUCAAGGUAGUCUUUUGGCUGGGCUACUUCAACAGCUGCAUCAACCCCAUGAUCUACCCGUGCUCCAGCAAAGAGUUCCAGAGGGCUUUCACUCGGCUCCUCAGGUGCCAGUGUCACCAAAGACAGAGGGUCCUUCGCCGCUUCUAUGACCAGAGGUGGCGGACAGCUGUCAAAGGAAAGACAAGGGAUCAGAGAGCAGAUUAUAAGCCUGGCUACACUGUACAUGAAUCCUGUGGCAGCUCAUUGUUACACAAGGGGAAAGGGCACUCGCUAGGUUUCAAAGGAUGGAGUCUGUUUCCACCCCUGCAAAAGUCUUCUGUCCAGCUCAAAAAGAAAGUGAACAAUCUGUCAAAUAAAAUUAAAGGAGGGACAGGAAAAGGUACCACACCUGCAGUGGGCCGGAUUGAUAUAGUAGACACAGUCUCCAUGGGGAUUUACAACUCCUGUGAGCAGAACAGUUAUCAGUUCUAUGAUCUGGCAGACUGCUAUGGCCUGAAAGAGACUGACAUUUAGAGGGUCAUCACAGAAUCUUUUAUUUAUUUACAAAGGGCCAUAUUGGACCAACAUGCAAGAAAGACUAAGAUAGGGCAUAAUUUUGUGUUCACAGAUUAUCUGAGAAUCAAAGCUUAAGUGAAGCUAUGGACUGAGAAUGAUGGCUUGACCCCAGCACAAACAAGACUAAAAUUUUAUCUCAAUCCCUCAUGACCAUCAUGUUUAUUUAGAUGAAAAUUCUCAUGAACUGCUUAAAGGACCCAAAGUAGCCAACUCCUUGGACUUUAUUUUCAUUGACAUUACACAGCUCACAGCUGACAGGUGUAUGCACUUUUGGUAAGACUUUAACAUAAACCAGUGUCAUUAUUACUGUCUCCAUGUCUUUAAGUAUUAGCCAGCUGAUACUGUGUGAUGACUCCCAUUGAAUGGUGACUGCUUUGUUUGAUGUUCAGCUGAUUUGAAACAAAAAAAGAACAAAAAAAAAACCAAAAAAAAAAAACCACUAUUACAAAAUGUAACUUUUAAGCUCGAACAGAGCAAAGUUAGAGUCAUAAGUGCAAUUUUUAAUGUUGAAUGAAUUACAGUAUUUCAUGUGCCAUUUUUCUGUUUUGACAAAGCAUUGUAAAGAUAAGAGGCCAGCUGAAAACAGAGAUGCUGCACAGUAUUUAUUUUAAAAGUUGGAUUUAUAAGUUCACUUGGCAUUGAUAUGCACACUUGUUUGCAUAAACAACCAUUAUCUCAGUGCCAUGAGAUAACUUUAUGAAUUGGCGCUAUAUAAAUAAAAUUGAAUUGACUUGUGUCGACAUGAGUUUACUUGGCCCACCUAACUGUAAUUUGCUCUGCCAAGUGAGUGCUAAUGUGAAAUAAAUAUGCUUUUUUUUGUAUUUUUUGAUUUUAUGUUAAUGUCAAAUGAAAAGUAAAAUAAAAAGGAGGGGAACAA